AUGUCUACACGAGACUCGGAUAAGGACAAACCUCUAAAGCAGGAUGGCUACUCCAAAGAAGGCGAGGCGACAGCUACAUGCUAUUGCGGAGCUGUACAACUAGCAUUUCCAACCACCGCACCAGGCCUCGUAGACACCUUCGUCUGCCACUGCACCGAUUGCCGAAAGAUCACAGCGUCAGCUUUUACCUCAGCUUUCAUUGUCGCGGCUUCAGCUGUCAAGCACAUUCGCGGCCAGGACAACCUGAAGAAGUUCUCACAGUCUCAGACGACUGCUUCUGGCCAGGCGAUGACGAACUGUUUCUGCGAUACAUGCACCGUCGACGAUCUGAAUCUGAUGGAGGGCUUACUGCGACCCAAGCGAGAGGUUUACGUCAAGGACAGGGUGAGUUGGGUCCAUGGAGUGGAAGGAGCGAGGCAGAGUGAGAUCAUGGAGUAG